AUGCCAUCCGUUGUCUAUCCUUACACCGUCACCAAUAGCUACAAAGGAGGUCUCUUCAUGCGUACCUACAGCCGCAAUGUUCGACGCGCUUGGGAUGGCGAAGACUAUCAUCCUCCAAAACGCCAGCGCCUAAACGAUGCGUGGAACGCGCCAUCCUCUUCCUCUGCCGCCGGCGCCAACGAGAAUACUAUCAAUGAUGUCGACCUGGAAGACAGUCUCGAGCGAGCAAUUCGCGAAACCAGUGUCGCCGCCGUGUCCUCGUCGCCAUCGCGCAAGAACAGUACCAUUUUUUCGGCAGAAUCUCAAGAGGAUGAUUUGGGCUCCAGCACGAUCACACCUCCAUCCUCCCCUCCCCCAGAAUUACAACUUACUCCUCCCAACAUCAAGGCCAGGAAACCUACGUUUUCGUUCCUCGACAAGGCCAAGAAGGAAAAGAAAGAGAAAAACGCGAAGAGGAAACGCGCUGGACCAUCGACUGGUCCGGAUAGUUUGACAAAGACGCGUAACGACUCCGAGCCUCUGUCUGAGGUUCUCAAUCUGAGUGCACGAGCCCAGGCUGUGCAGCCAUCGAGCAACGACGCGUCCAAUGCGCAGGAGCUCGACCAAACGCCACGACAAAUAACACAGGCCCCCAGGUUGACCGCGCCCAAACAAAAUCUUGUCCAAACCGUUCUCGACCUUGGUCAAUCUCUGGUCCCCACAACAUGCCCCCAAUGUCAGAUGUCAUACACGCCUUCACAAGCCGAAGAUACGCAGUUACAUGACAUGUAUCAUAAUCGCCACAGCUCCGGAAUCGAAAUGGGAAGACCAUUCCUUAAGUCGGCAAUGCGUUGGUGCUAUCAGGUACCCCAUAUUCCCGGAAGUGUUGUCGUUGUGGAUCGGAAGAUUGCUCUGCCCGGGCGACGAGCGGUACAAAGGGUUCUGGAAAUCGUCAACAAGGAGCUUGGAAGCGUCGACAUCAAAGAGGAGGAACUGUGGAGCCAACGCGUCCUCGAGGGUGAGAAGGAGGACGAUCCACACAGCCGCAAGUGCGACAGAUACAAGGCUUUCUUGCACAUUGUCGACGACAAGUGCGUGGGCAUUUGCCUUGCCGAACGGAUCACCAAGGCACACCGAGUUCUUCCAGGCGAAACCGCGACAAGUGAAACGAUUCCUCUCAAUGAUCAUCUGAGAACCGCUGGUCCUGCAACGCCUCCACCUACGGAGGGAGGCCACCAAGAGGCGACCGAACUACCGCCGAAACCACAAAUCCCGACUCCGAUAGCCAGCCCGACCGCGUCAUUUCCGUCUUCCAGCAUCACCAUCUCCGAAGAGACUUACCCGGCCGUGGUCGGGGUGAGUCGGAUCUGGACAAGCCGAGCAUUCCGCCACAAGGGCAUUGCAAACAAUCUCUUGGAAUGUGUGAUGAGUCAAUUCAUCUAUGGAAUGGAAAUUGAAACUCAGCAGGUCGCUUUUAGCCAGCCGACAGAGAGCGGGGCGGGUCUAGCGAGAGCAUGGUUUGGUGAGAACGACGGCUGGGCUGUAUACAGGGAAGAGUGA